ACCAGGCAUCAGGUCAUUUGGCAUCGGACCGCGGGCACCGCUCGUCAUCUGGCAAGGCAGUGGGCUCCGAGUCAACUGGCACGACAGUGGGCACGGGUCAUCAGGUACCGGAUUGUUGGGCUCGACAGCAGGCAUAGGGUCACCAGGUAUGACAGCGGGCACUGGGUCACCAGGUAUUCAGGUCCAUUAGGCCUUGCCAUGGGGCAGCGCCGUCAUCUGGCAAGGGCAGUUGGGGACCGGUGUCACCAGGACAUUGGUUCGUCUGGCUCGACAGCGGGCAUCGGGUACCAGGCUAUGACAGAUGGCAAUGGGUCACAGGCAUGCAGCGUCAUUUGGCUCGCCAGCGGCACAGCGUCAUCUGGCAAGAGCAGUGUGCACCGAGCUCACCAGGUACGACAGCGGGCUCUG